AGAAAAAACUCUACCAUGAACAUAAAAGAUUCUUGCUUUUCUGAUCCGCCCUUUUUCCUUUUGCGGACCCUUUUGGAUAUAUUACUACAGUUAUCAGCUACUGUUAUCGUUCUUGUUGAUUCUCGACCAGCCCCUCCUCUUUCUUCACCGGAAACUGCCCUCGUUUCUCCAAUUAAUGCUUCUAUGGCACAUUCCUCUCCAGGACCCGGGGUCCAAGCGGGAACCGAAAAGCACCACCAGAUGGAUUCCAACAGGAAAUUGGUGAUAGCACUCAUUGCGGCUUCCACUGCACUUGGGUCAAUCCUAUUCUUGAUGUUAUUCUUUUGGAUUUAUCACAAAAAGCAUACUAGCAAAUCUCAGACCGACAGUUUACAUAGCUCAGAUGGCUUGGAAGGGCUUGCAUUUGGUUCUUUUUUAGCAAAAUACAAUUCCUUGAAAGCUAGCUGCAGAAAAAGGUUUGUAGCUGUAAUGGACUACAAGGCGCUACAAACAGCUACAAACAAUUUCUGCCAAAGUGACAUUUUGGGCGAAGGAGGAUUUGGAUGUGUAUACAAGGCUCAAUUGGAUGAUAAUCAGUUUGCAGCUGUGAAGAGGUUAGAUGGAGGAACUCAGGAUGCCAUAAGAGAAUUUGAGACUGAGGUAGAGUUGUUGGGUCAAAUUCAGCAUCCAAAUAUAAUUUCUUUGAUAGGUUAUAGCAUUCACGGUGAAACAAGGCUUCUAGUUUACGAGUUGAUGCAGAAUGGAUCUCUGGAAGCUCAGUUACAUGGACCUUCUGGUGGAUCAGCAUUGACAUGGCAUCUUAGGAUGAAAAUUGCCCUUGAUGUAGCUAGAGGAUUAGAAUUUUUGCAUGAGCACUGCCACCCAGCAGUGAUCCAUAGAGAUCUGAAAUCAUCUAAUAUCCUUCUGGAUUCAAAUCUCAAUGCUAAGCUAUCUGAUUUUGGUCUUGCCAUUCUUGAUGGGGCUCAAAAUAAGAACAACAUCAAGCUUUCUGGAACCUUGGGCUAUGUAGCUCCAGAGUACCUCUUAGAUGGUAAAUUGACUGACAAGAGUGAUGUUUAUGCUUUUGGAGUGGUGCUUUUGGAGCUUCUCCUGAGAAGAAAGCCUGUGGAGAAGCUGGCACCAGCUCAAUGCCAAUCUAUAGUCACAUGGGCUAUGCCUCAGCUGACAGAUAGAUCAAAGCUUCCAAACAUCGUGGAUCCUGUGAUUAGAAAUGCUAUGGAUAUAAAGCACUUAUUCCAGGUUGCUGCAGUCGCUGUGCUAUGCGUGCAGCCUGAACCAAGCUAUCGACCACUGAUAACAGAUGUGUUGCAUUCCCUUGUUCCCCUUGUUCCUAUGGAGCUUGGCGGGACGCUCAGAGUUGAACGACCUGCUUCUGUGACCUCUCUGUUGAUUGAUUCUACCUGAAUGGUGAUUUCAUAUUUUGCAGUCAGUCUUCUAUUAUGAUGCAAUGCAACUGUAGAUCUUGGUGGUGCUCCUUAAAGUCUGCCAACACGAUGCAUGCCUUGCGGUAGAUGAUUCGUUCAGUUUUUAGGUAAAAGGGUGCUCCCCUUCCCUAUGUCAAAGGUUUCUUCCCAAAACUCGGAUAUUCUGAUCGUUGAUGCAGAUUGAAGCAGCUUAGAUGUGGUUUCUUCUUUAACACGACAGUUGGAAUACAUCGAUCGAUGUAAAUAGCGAUAAACCGAAAACAUGAUCUUAAUGAAGUUGGGAAACACACUUGAAGAUUCAUUUUACUUGUACAACAUGAAAUGCAAAUUAAGCAUGUUUCGUCUUAACUCAAUAAAUGAUAGCCACCAAAGUUAUCCUC